AUGGGUGGUACAAAGAUCGAUGGAAAGGCCAUUGCCCAGAAGAUCAGAGAACGGCUGGCAGCGGAGAUCCGAGAGAAACAGGGCGUGAACCCACGGUACAAACCAUGCUUGAAAAUCAUCCAAGUUGGUGAUCGGCCUGAUUCGACCACUUAUGUGCGAAUGAAGCUGAAGGCAGCUGAGGAAGCCGGUAUCGACUGUGCACUGGUUCAUCUACCGGACUCAAUCUCGGAACCUGAGCUGCUGCAGCAGAUCAUUGACUUCAACAACGAUCCUGCCGUCCACGGCAUCCUCGUUCAGUUGCCUCUCCCCAAACACCUUUCCGAGCAUACAAUCACCUCUGCUGUCGUGGACGAAAAGGAUGUGGAUGGAUUUGGAGCUAGAAAUAUUGGAGAGCUCGCAAAAAGAGGCGGGAAACCUUUCUUCGUGCCCUGCACUCCGAAGGGAGUCAUGGUGUUGUUGCAGGAGAGUGGUGUCGAUCCCCGGGGCAAGACGGCCGUUGUCCUUGGCCGGAGCGAUAUCGUGGGGAGCCCGGUCAGCUACCUCUUGAAGAGUGCCGAUGCCACGGUCAUUGUCUGUCAUUCCAAAACCCAGAACAUCAAGGAUGUUGUCAAACAAGCUGAUAUCUUGAUUGCCGCCAUUGGUCAGCCAGCAUUCGUCAAGGGUGACUGGCUGAAACAAGGAGCUGUGGUCAUCGAUGUGGGCACAAACUACAUCUCUGAUCCUUCAAGGAGCUCGGGACAGCGUCUCGUUGGAGACGUCGAAUUUGAGUCAGCUGUUGAGGUUGCUUCUCAGAUCACCCCGGUCCCGGGCGGUGUUGGCCCUAUGACAGUUGCGAUGCUCAUGCAGAACGUUGUCGAUGCCGCCUCAGCCUACUUUGAGAGACUGAAAGCAAGACACGUCACUCCUUUACCGAUCAAGCUUGAAAAGCCCGUACCGUCUGAUAUCGAAGUUUCGAGAUCGCAGCAUCCCAGGCACAUCGCUCAAAUCGCUGCUGACAUUGGCAUUGCACCUCAUGAGUUGGAACCAUAUGGUGCUCACAAAGCCAAAGUUGACCUUUCAAUUCUUUCGAGGCUGGCACAUCGUCGGGACGGAAAAUAUAUCCUGGUUAGCGGUAUUACUCCUACUCCACUAGGAGAAGGCAAAUCCACCACGACAAUGGGUUUGACGCAGGCCUUGGGGGCCCACUUGGGAAAAGUAGCAUUUGCCAAUGUUCGACAACCAAGUAUGGGACCGACCUUUGGCAUCAAAGGUGGCGCAGCAGGUGGUGGCUACAGUCAGGUUAUCCCCAUGGAUGAAUUCAACCUUCAUCUGACGGGUGACAUCCACGCAAUCACAGCUGCAAAUAACUUGCUGGCUGCUGCCAUUGACACACGCAUGUUUCACGAAUCCACACAGAAGGAUGGGGCAUUGUAUAAGCGGCUGGUGCCCAGCAAGAAGGGCAAGCGCGAGUUUGCACCGGUCAUGCUUCGGAGGCUGAAGAAGCUAGGCAUAGACAAAACGAACCCCAACGACCUGACCGAGGACGAGAUCAGGCGGUUUGCACGGCUCGACAUUGACCCGGAGACCAUCACUUGGAGGAGAGUUCUGGAUGUCAACGACAGGCUCCUGAGAGGCAUCACCAUUGGACAGGCUCCCACCGAGAAAGGCCACAGUAGAGAGACUGCUUUCGACAUUUCUGUUGCAAGCGAGUGCAUGGCCAUUCUUGCACUAAGCAACGACUUGAGAGACAUGCGGGAGCGGCUUGGUCGAAUAGUGAUUGGGUCUUCGAAGUCUGGAGACCCUGUUACUUGUGAUGAUAUUGGGGCUGGCGGUGCCUUGACUGCUCUUAUGAAGGAUGCUAUCAAACCCAAUCUCAUGCAAAGUUUGGAGGGAACCCCCGUUUUUGUCCAUGCAGGACCGUUUGCAAACAUCAGCAUUGGCAACAGCUCUAUUCUAGCAGACAAAUUGGCACUCAAGCUUGCAGGAACGGAGCCUGAUGAAGAUCACGAAGCCAAGGCUGGCUUUGUGGUUACCGAAGCUGGCUUUGAUUUUACCAUGGGUGGUGAAAGAUUUUUCAAUAUCAAGUGCCGAAGUUCCGGUCUUGUUCCAGAUGUCGUGGUCGUCGUUGCCACCAUUCGAGCACUCAAAGUCCACGGCGGCGGUCCAGAGAUCCCCGUUGGGUCUGCGCUACCAGAAGCAUACCGAACAGAAAACACUGAAAUGUUGCGCGCUGGCUGUGUCAAUCUCAAGAAGCACAUUUCCAAUGCCAAAUCCUACGGCAUCCCCGUCGUUGUGGCGAUCAACAAGUUCGACACCGAUACUGAAGCCGAGCUCAAAGUCAUUGAAGAGGAAGCACUCGCUGCCGGUGCCGAGGCAGCUGUACCCGCCAACCACUGGGCUGAAGGAGGUGCUGGUGCUGUCGACUUGGCCAAGGCAGUGAUUGAGGCUUCGUCGAAACCCAAAGACUUCAAAUUCCUCUACGAUCUUCAGGGUACCGUUCAGGAGCGUAUUGAAAAAAUUGGCAAGGAGAUGUACGGGGCCGGAAAAGUCGAGUUUAGCGAACUCGCCCAGAAAAAGGUCGACAUGUACACUAGACAAGGGUUUGGGAAUCUGCCCAUCUGCAUUGCAAAGACUCAGUACUCGCUGAGCCACGACCCGGCACUCAAGGGGGCGCCCACUGGGUUUACGGUCCCGAUACGGGACGUCAGGUUAGCUGUCGGCGCAGGGUACCUGUACGCAUUGGCCGCGGAUAUCCAGACAAUUCCUGGUCUCCCGACCGCGCCGGGCUAUCUGAAUGUCGAUGUGGACCCCGAGACGGGCGAGAUAGAUGGGCUGUUUUAG